AUGUCCACAAGCAAACGUUCUUUGCCAACCUCGACGGUGGAUUCCAUUGCUCAAAAGAAAGCGAAAAGCUCUCCUCCUUCUACCGUCCACAGCAGCUGCGACGAGCUCGAUACUGAGGAGGAGGAUUCAUUGCCCGAAUUUUCUCAAACCGCAUUUCGAAUUUUGCCUACGACACGCACCCGCCCUUCGGAUGGAACGCAAUCUCCAUUGAGAGUCUCAACCCCUACACCAUUGCUACCGUCAAGUCCGGCGGAUUCUGAAGUACAAGUGCUUAGUCCAAGCUUGUUUCGACGUCCAGUCGCGCUCACACCGAGCGGUAAUGGACUUUCCUCCCGACGCACUCGCGCUGAAAUGAACGACUUCGAUAGCGAUGAAAUCGUACUAAUGGGAACCAUCCGUGUUACAGAUACGUUGCCGCACAUGCGUCCACACUGUUCAAUGUAUCCGCUCUCCAUAGAUCCCGAACAAUUCUGCAAAUUUUGUUAUUGCUACAUCUGCGAUGACUUGGCGACCAAUUGCAAGAUGUGGGAGGGUGGUCAUUGCUUUGCCACUGACCAAGGAUCCGACGCGACGUAUUGGUGGUCUCUUCGCUACGACCGCAAGAAACAGAGACAUAAGCUAGGCGGUGUCACUUCACGACAAGCCAAGGUUACUGCUCAUACAGCAACCGUAUCCACACGGAGAGUGACCACGACAUCGCCGCCAGAAAACGUUCAUUUUCAGCGAAAACGCCAAGCAGUUAUGUUGCUCGACCAGUCGAUAGCACACGAUGGUGUAUUGGCGAGUACCUUGUCUUCGCCCAAUGUGGUUCAUUGGAUAGGCUUCUUAUGUGUAGGAGUUUUGGGGCUUCUGCUACUUCCCACCCGAGACAGCUUGAAGUGA